GAUUUAUAAUCUUACACUAAUAUCUGCUGCUACUGCCGAAUAUUUCCCACAAUAUUGGAUUCUUUUUCUUCCUAUAGAAGGCUCCAUGUCUUCUGUUUUGAGAUGCUGGCGAGACAUGAAGGCAGACCAAAUUUAACAGCUACAUUAACAUCACUGUGACACUUGUUCACAUGUAAUUUGCUAAUGUUGUACUAGGUGGCGAAAAAACGCUCCAUCAUUUCCCGUCUGACAUAACAAGUCACUGGAGACGCAGUGCCACUUUUGGAAUAUGUCAGGAAAACAGAUUGUAGCGCUCCUUUUUUGUCUUUCUGGAAUAGGAGCAAUGAUUGCUGCCACGGCCUCCAAUGAAUGGAAAAUAACCAGCAGGGCAUCCUCUGUGAUCACAGCCACAUGGAUUACCCAGGGCCUCUGGAUGAACUGUGCAGGAAAUGCUAUGGGUGCUUUCCACUGCAGACCUCAUCUGACCAUCCUCAAGGUCGAGGGUUACAUCCAGGCCUGCAGAGGACUUAUGAUCGCUGCUGUCUGUCUUGGAUUUUUUGGCUCUGUGUUUGCACUGGUUGGGAUGAAGUGCACAAAAGUUGGAGGCUCAGACCAGAUGAAAUCCAAAAUUGCUUGCUUAGCUGGGUUGAUUUUCAUACUCUGCGGGCUGAGCGCAUUGACGGGUUGUUCCCUGUAUGCACACCGAAUCACAUCUGAGUUCUUUGACCCCACGUAUAUUGCACAAAAGUAUGAAUUAGGAGCAGCUUUGUUCAUUGGAUGGGCUGGAGCAUCACUUUGCAUAAUUGGUGGCAGUAUAUUCUGCUUCUCAAUUGCUGAAAACAAUAAAACUCCAAGGAUGGGAUAUGCAUAUAACAGAGCGGCUUCAAUGAUUUCUACUCGAACAAAGGCAUACAACGGCUCAGCAGAUCCAAAGACACCACAAUCCCCUCCAAAGCAUUUUGAUAAAAAUGCCUAUGUGUAAUUAUAGCUCUAAAACUCAAUGUAUUGUUUUUUUAAAAAUCACGUUUUGUGCUAUUCAUUCACAGAAUGAUUUUGAGAAAGGUACUGUUGUUAGCACCGGGAAUAAGAAUAUUUUAUAAAUGAACUUUUGCCUAUGGGAUGUUAAUUUUACUCAUGCCUUGUUUUAACAUCUAUACUGAUGUUUUAUAUAAAUUAUAUCUGUAAAUCAUCUGUUUUGCUUUCUGUUAAAAAAGUAUUUACAAAUAAGCUCAUACAUUUGUUAUGAAUAGCAUCACGGAAACAGAAAAAAAUGUUUCUGGAGAGGUACUGUUUUUAUACCCUAUUCAAAGCUCCCUCUAAGCUGCACAAGUGUGCAGCUGAGCAGCACUGCAUUGGAGCUGCACGCUCAGUCAGUGUUUCCACCCACUUUGUUCGGGUUAUGGCCAGAACCCCGUGUGGGCAGGGUGGGGCCCCUUUCCAACGCUGGUAGAAAAUUAGAGAGAACACUGACCCUAUUGUUGAUUUAUUGGGGCACAUUAACAAGAUACAUUAAAAACACUAAGUGUUCCCUGAGUUAACACUAAGCUAAAUUUAUGUUGAAUCUAGAUACCUCCCAGUGUAGGCAUGUUCAAAAUUACUGAGAACAACCCGACCCUGGCCUAAUUUUAUGGCAGCAUAGUGGCUAUGACUGUGGGCUCUACUAAAUGCUAUGCUGAGGAACCAGGCUUCCCUGUCUGAUCAUUCCUACAAUGCAGGGAGAAAGAGGAAAUAUUCUUAGCAGCCACUUCUAGGAACCACUCAAAGUACUGCCUGAGAGCACUUUCUGCCUGACUCUUCUGCAGCCAAGGAAAAUAGUAGUGGAACAACACUUUUGAGUGUUACCAGGACUCCUGGAAAUGCUGGCUGAAACACAAAAGCAGUCCCUUAUCCUUAAUUCCUCCUUCUCCUCCUCUCCUAUGCAAAAACACUCUCUUCUCAGUCAGUAUUCCUCUGAGCCAACCGAGCCAGCCAGAGACUCAUGUCACUUCUGGAAAGGCCAGGUGCCGUGUGACAAACAGUUGUCUCUGAUUUCUGAAUGGAGACAGGCAAGAACACUUCUCUGACUUUAUGGAGGUGGAGUUCCUGGGAAAGCACAGAAAGAGACUCUGAGGGUUUGGAUUGUGAUCUCGACAGGCUAGCCAGAGUAACGUAGCUGUUAAAACAUUGUUUCCACGUAUCUCAUAAUAAUGCUUGCAAGACCCCUCCUGACACGUGCGCCAAACAUGUGGAAAGGCCAAGCGGGAUACACUCUUGGAUAGCCCACUUUUCUUCCGGAGGGACAAGGCUGCUAGCAUCCUAAGAAUCAUCUACUAAAAUGUGACGCAGUUUGCUUCCAAACUUUGGAAUGUUGUGAAUGUUUAGGAAGAAAGGAAAGAAGAUUUUAAAGAAAAUAAUUUAUUUAACAUGUUCACAUUUUCUCUGAGGUUUAAAAAUGAUUUUUUAAAAUUACUUAAAACCCUGGUUCAGUCAAUACUGUUUAUUAAUUAUUUAUUCUUUCCUGAAAGUGGAGAGCUGACAGAUAUACUUAAAGUGUCCUGUAUUAAAUCAAAGGGAAACUGAAGACAUUGGAGUUGGUAAACAAACGUUCUUUGUUAGCACACAAGAAGAAAAA